AUGGAUCUCUCGCCCCCUCUGGACUCUCCCACGAGGAAAUCUGUGCCCGAUGACUGGAAAGGGCUGACCGAUCCGAAAGAGCGCCGCCGGCGCCAGAACCGCAUCAACCAGCGCGCAUACCGGUAUCUAGGCAACCGGAAGAGAGCCCAACUGCUAGGUAUCAUCCAAGCCGCCACCGACCACACCAACCCCGACCAUGAUACCGCCCCCUCCGACCCCAGCGAGACCGCCCUCGCUGUGCGGCACACACCGCCCACUCCAGACCUCAGACUGCAUCGCCUGCUGGAACACUUCAGCUCCACCGCCUACCAGAGCUACAUCCUCGGCUUCCCGACAGCAGACCACCUCCUUACCCUCUCCAAAGUCAACGUCUUCCGCGCCUUCAUCGCAAACAUGGCCCUCAUGGGCAUGACCCCCGACCCGGAAUGGAUGCACGACGACGCCGUCUCCCCCUGGGCCACCGCCCAGCCCGGCCCCGUCGACCCCUCCGCCCUCCCUGUCGCCCUCCGUCCAACCCGUCUCCAGCAGAGACUGCCGCACCACCCGUGGCUGGACUUCUUCCCGCACCCGCGCAUGCGGGACAACCUCGUCGAGGCGGCGGAUCGCUUCGACGAUGAGCAGCUGUGUGUGGAUAUUAUGGGGUUCUGGAUACAUGAUAUCAAUCUGGAUGAAACAUGA